AUGGGCGACAAUCGAUACAACCUUCGAUCCUCCUCUCAGCAGCAAUCUGCCAGCAACAUCGGCCCCGGGGCGUUGACAACGUCAUUACAUUCGUCGUCGACAAAUACAACAUCAACAGCCACAACAAGCCAGCAACACCAACACCCACACCCUCAACAAUUCCCACAAUUACAACAGCAGCAUGCCCAGGCUCAGGGAUCGCUUGCUACGGAAAGGAUGCCACAAGGGCAGGUUGCCGAAGGAGGUCCAGCCGCCACGGCGCCGUUCUUGAAGGAUUUCACACUUGUCGCGGAAGCCGUGAAGCGGGUGCAAAUGGAUGCCGUGAUGACUGAGAUGGAGAGCAUUUCUCUGUAG